UUUCGAAUGACAAGUAGUGACUUUGAAGGUCUUCUAAAUAAGAUAGCUCAUAUCAUCCAGAAACAUUACACACCCUUCAGAAGUGCUAUUCCUCCACAUGAACGCCUUGCAGUUACUCUGCGGUUUUUAGCAGCGGGAGACUCUUACCACUCGUUAAGUUACACAUUCAAGAUUUCAAAGCAAAUAAUAUCAGCCAUCAUCCCUAUUGCUUGUGAGGCAAUUGUCAGCGUUUUACAGGAUUACAUCAAGAUGCCACAAAAUGAAGCAGAGUGGAAUGCUAUUUCAAAAGAAUUCAAUGAUAAGUGGAAUUUCCCAAACUGUGUGGGGACCUUUGAUGGGAAGCAUAUUACGUUGCAAGCAAUUAUCCAUAGUGGCACAGAAUAUUUCAACUACAAGGGGUUUUUCAGUAUAAUUCUAUUUGCGGUGGUAGAUGCGCACUACAACUUUACCUACGCAAAUGUUUGCUGUCAAGGAAAAAUAUCAGACGGAGGUGUGUUUAGUCACACAACAUUCAAAGAUUGCCUUCAGAACAACACAAUACAUCUUCCUCCUCCUACUGCUCUUCCUGGAAGAAUAGAUGAAACACCGUAUGUUUUUGUGGCCGAUGAUGCUUUUCCUUUGUCAAAAAACAUUAUGAAACCAUUCCCAGGUGUUCAAAACAAGAAUUCCAAGGAAAGAGUGUUUAACUAUCGGUUGAGUAGAGCGCGUAGAGUGUCUGAGAAUGCGUUUGGCAUAAUAUUCUCUGUGUACCGCAUA